AUGACUACUAAACAACUAAAAAAAGCCAUCCAAAAAGAUAUUGAGGAAUUAAAAGAGAUUUUACCCUUAGAGGAAGGAUUAUUGCCUAAUGAGGAUGACACGGAGAUUUGCAAUAUGACAACAAAUACAAAAUUAAAUAAGCAAAAAGAAAUCUCUCUUUCUGCUGAAGAAAUAGCUAGAUAUUUUCUUAGUUUGGAUCCGGAAAGAAAACAGUUUAAGGAAGAGAAAGCAAAAAAAUUAAGGGGCAUUGCUGUUCCCACUAUUGGCAAUUUUCGCCUUAAUAAAUUAUUGCACAUAUCCCAAAUACUUUAUGCGGCUAAAUAUGGCAAAUGA